AUGUCGCGCCACGCUCAAGUCGAAGAGCUCUCCGACUCCGACCCAGAGGAGGUCGCUCCCUCCGAUGACCUCCUGCCUGCAGACCACAUCAUCUCUCCCUCCAUAAUGCACCCUCCUCCAACGGCAGGAAUGAGAAUACCUCCUCCAGGCAUGGCCGCAAACCCUCAACCACGACCACCACAAGAAAUCCCCAAACACUUCCAUUGCUUGUACGCCGUUUAUUUUGACAAGACUCGCACGCGCACAGAAGGAAGACAAGUGUCCAGCAAAUUGGCGGUGGAGAAUCCGCUUGCGAGGGAUAUUCUGGAUGCGUGUCAACGGUUGGGUUUGAGGGUGGGCUUUGAGCCCGAGAAGUUGCAUCCGAAGGAUUGGGCGAAUCCAGGUCGUGUGCGGGUUUUGCUCAAGGAUGAGGAUGGAAAUCUUCUAAAUCCGCGGGUGAAGAAUAAGCACCACCUUCAAACACUGGUCGCACAAUUCCUACAAGCACAUCCUACCGACGAGAAAUCUCCCUUCCGACUACGCAUUCAUGGCUUACCAAUGCCAGACAAGCUUCCUGAUGCCCCUUCAGCUCCUCGAGGAUGGAAGAUUGGAAAGAUAUUGCCUAUCCACUCUCCGGCAUACUCGGGCGGUGGUGUGAGCGACAACCCCUUCAAGGACGCCAUGGCUGAAAUGGAAAAGCUUGGAGGAAUGCCUGGUAUGCCCGGGAUGCCAGGUCUUCCGGGCAUGCCUCCUGGUCUGCUGGGUAUGGGCGAACCGUCUGGUGGCGCAGAACCGAAAAAGAAGAAAGAGAAGAAGAAAGGAAAGGCCUAA